CCGCAUUUUUAUCUAAAUAGUGGCAGCUUUGGUUAAAGUACGUCUUUUAUUUUUGUCAUUAAUUUUUGUUCACAUUUAACAAGUUCUGCCCACCCGGUAAAAUAAAUAAUCACAACAAAUCAUGCGAGAAAGUGAAUCAAAGAGCUCACGAAGAGAUCGUGACCGCGACCAUGGAAGAGAUAGGGAUAGGGACCGGGAGCGUGAACGCGAUCGUGACAGAGACCGAGAAAGAGAGAGGGACCGUGACCGCGACCGCGACCGGGAUCGAGAACGCGAUCGACAUUAUUCACGCAAAUACCAUUCUGAAUCCAGGUCACCUUCACGCAGCAGUCGGUUGAAAAAGAGCAAAAAAUCCAAGAAAUCAAAAAAAUAUUCAAGACGCAGUCGUAGUAGUAGCAGUUCAGCAUCCUCUACUUAUUCUGUUGCUAGUCGUACCAGUCGCAAUUCUCACAAAUCUCGUUCACAGGCCAGAAGUACACGGGCACCCAGUUCUGAAGAGAAUUCCCGUACAGCAGCGUCGGCAGCAUUAGCUGUGGCGUCACUGAAAGGUGUAGAUUCUAUUGACGUACAAGUACGAAAAGCGUUAGAUGCAAUUGAGGAAGAAGCCUUCCAACCACAGGCAUUUUUCAGCACACGUGAUAGAGAAGCACCAGAAAAGAAACCACUACCCGAAAAAGUGAUAAUCGAUUUGGAAUCACAAACAGUGAAAUUACCUAAACCAGCAGAUAUCGCGAAAGAUGCCACUGCCGAGGAGAAGAUCUUUCAUCCUAAUUUCAUUGGCGACGCUGAACUGAAGGCAGAAAAAUGGUUACGCAAACUAUUCAAUUACCGGCAAAGAUAUUAUCAGGAAUAGUUGUAACAUAUCUUAUCAUUGAAAACAUUUCUUAAUUGCAUUAAAUAAUAAAACAAAUUGAAAUAAUUAUUAGA